AUGGCACGGGGCAGCAUGCUUCAUCGAAAUGAGCCAACGGAUGGUGUUCGUGCGGUGAAUGCCGUUCUCACAGAAGUUGAUCGUAUACGUCGGCACUCUAACGUUGAAAGUUUAACGAUGGCACGAGGCAGUAUGCUUCAUCGAAAUGAGCCAACGGAUGGUGUUCGUGCGGUAAAUGCCGUUCUCACAGAAGUUGAUCGUAUACGUCGGCACUCUAACGUUUUCAUACUGGCCACUUCUAAUAUUAUGCAUAGUUUGGACGAGGCGUUUACGGAUCGAGCAGAUUUAAGCCGUUUCGUGGGAUAUCCCUCAGCAGAAGCCAUCUAUACGAUUUUUCUUUCAUGCAUUGACGAAAUGCUAAGACAAUGCAAUGCGAAAAACGCAUAUUGA